UUGAGGUAAUCUUUUCCAAUUCAUGCGAGAAGAGGAAGCGUCCAUUACUUUCUCCUUUUUAUUUUUUUUUUUCUUUUUCAAAAGUGUGUUCAGUGGCAUCGCCCAACAAAGUUGAGCAUCAAUCCUCCUUUAUUGAUCAUCUUAGCAUCAAUCCUCCUGUCUUGAUCACCUUAGUACAUUUGAUAAAGAGCCAGGGCAAAGGAAACCAACAGCCAAUGAACCAUGUUCAUUAAUGACUAAGAAUUGAAAAAAGUGUCAAGCAUGAUCUCAAAAAACUCAUCCCAGUGAUUUUGGUUGAAGUAAAGAUCCAAUCUUUUCCAAUUCUAACGAUUCAUAACUCAAAGCUACACGCUCUCAAAAGAAAGCCCAAGAACAAAACACGCUUAUCUCUUGGUUUUGUAGUAUUUCAGUUUACCUCUCUCCGCCUCUCAAUUCCUCCAAAAACUUCCUUGUGAUCUGACAUAAUGGCCGGCAAAGGCAAAGUACCGGCUAUUGGAAUCGAUUUGGGUACUACCUACUCCUGUGUUGGUGUUUGGCAACAUGAUAGAGUUGAGAUCAUAGCCAAUGACCAAGGGAACAGAACUACACCGUCUCACGUUGCAUUUACCGAUAGCGUUGCAUUUACCGAUAGCGAACGUUUGAUUGGUGAUGCUGCUAAAAACCAGGUCGGCAUGAACCCCGUCAAUACAGUCUUCGAUGCAAAGCGGUUGAUUGGUAGGAGAUUUAGUGACACUUCAGUUCAGGAUGACAUCAAGCUCUGGCCUUUCAAGGUUAUUUCAGGACCUGGUGAUAAGCCCGUGAUUGUUGUAAACUACAAGGGUCAGGAGAAGCUGUUUGCUGCUGAGGAAAUCUCUUCCAUGGUUCUCAGUAAAAUGCGUGAGAUUGCUGAGGCAUACCUUGGUACUACAGUGAAGAAUGCAGUGGUCACAGUCCCUGCAUAUUUCAAUGACUUUCAGAGGCAGGCUUUCAGAGGCCAGGCCACAAAGGGAGCCGGUGCAAUUGCUGGUUUCAAAUGUUCAUGCGUAUCAUUCAACGAGCCAACAGCUGCACUGCAUUACUUUAUGUCUUUGACAAGAUGGCCAAACAGUGACGAUGAGAAGAAUGUGUUGAUUUUUGAUUUGGGUGUGGACUUUUGAUGUCUUCAUUGCUCAACAAUUAAAGACGGAAUCUUUGAGGUCAAAGGGGGGGCCAUGGCUGGAGAACACCAUCUCGGAGGUGAGCCAUUUGACAACAGAAUGGUGAACCACCUUGUUCAAGAAUUUAAGGAAGAACAAGAAAAGACAUCAGUGGAACCCAAGAGCUCUUUGGUACUGAUUUCUACCUCGCAUGACUCGCGCCAGGAUGUUGAGGAGCUAAUAUGGAUCUUUUCAGAAAAUGUAUGGAGCACGUGGAGAAAUGUCUGGGGAUGCUAA